AGGGCUCGGACCGUCACCCGUUGCACUUUUCUCUUCGCCAGUACUGCACCAUGACAAUAGUAGGAGGAGAUGACUUGGAUGAACUCGUGCUUGAAGAAAACUAUCUGGCCAUCUCAGAUGACGAGCUUGACGGACUUGUAGAUGAAGUCGAAGACUCACCCUCCCAAGAGGAUCAGGUUGCUGGACUGUCCACCGGAAAUGAUGAUGCUCGAAGAGCAAAGAAACGGAAACAGCGAGAGAAAAACAAAGAACGCAAAGUAAAGAGUCAGACCAACCUCAGUCAAUCACUGAGCGGCCACCUCGAGAGUUGGCCGAUUAUCUGAGUGCAAUGCAAGCCAAGACUUUUACCAAAUCUACCGAUAUCGAGUUAGAAGACAUGCGAAUACCAGUUUCUUCCAUCGCGGACACAACCUGCUGGACUGGACCUAGGACAUUGGAUCAUUUGUCCGACUUCAUUAUCAAGGCACUGCCGAGCCUUCAUACUCGAUUAUCACAGAAAUCCAAAAAUCCAGGAUCACCAACGCUGCUGUUCAUCACAGGAGCGGCUCUUCGAGUAGCGGAUGUCACAAGAAUCCUGAAAGACAAGCGGCUACGUGGAGAGAAGGGCGGCGAGGUGGCAAAACUGUUCGCUCGCCAUUUCAAGCUGGCAGAGCAUUGCUCGUAUUUGAAACGCACCAAGGUUGGUGCCGCGGUUGGAACACCUGGGCGUAUUGGGAAGCUCUUGUCUGAAACAGAUGCUCUUACCAUAUCCGCAUUGUCACAUAUCAUGUUAGACGUCUCUUUCAGAGACGCCAAAAAGCGAAAUCUGUUGGAUAUCCCCGAAACGAGGAAUGAGGUGUUCAAAGCGGUAUUCGGUGGUCCCAAGAUUUCGGAGGCCAUUCAUUCGGGCAAAAUCAAAGUCGUUUUAUUCUAACGUUCAACCACAAAUCAGUUUAUGUCUCUACGGGUACAAACUAAUCAUACAAGUAUUGUAUUGAUUCCAUUUUAUCCAAUUGCUUUGUGGACCCGAAGAGCUACCUCGAGUAUCCAAAGUUCUUCGUCUGCACCAUCGCAAAGGGCC